CACCAACCAUACGUUUGGCGGAGAUACCUUAAGUUCGAAGUGGUUUUAGCGGCGGAUUUAUGGAUAGGAGAAAAUGAAGCAAAGAUUCUCUUCGUUAGACGUCAAGGCCAUCGCUCACGAGCUAUCGACGAGCCUUGUCUCCCUCCGAGUUUCCAACGUCUAUGACCUGUCCUCCAAAAUCCUGCUCUUCAAGUUCGCCAAACCCGAGAUAAAGAAGCAGCUCGUCAUAGAAUCCGGCUUCCGAUGUCAUCUGACUGACUUUGCGCGGACCACUGCUGCCGCCCCGUCCGUCUUCGUACAGAAGCUGCGCAAAGCUUUAAAAACCCGGCGUGUCACAGCGGUUUCGCAAAUCGGCACAGAUCGUAUAAUAGAGUUCCAGUUCAGCGAUGGCCGGUACCGGCUGUACCUGGAGUUCUUUGCUGGAGGUAACGUGAUCUUGACCGACAACGAACUCAAGAUUCUGGUGCUUUUGCGCAAUGUUUCGGAAGGAGAAGGUCAGGAGCCACAGCGCGCUGGCAUGACAUACUCCUUAGAGAAUAGACAGAACUACGGCGGCGUUCCGGCAUUAACGAAGGAGCGUGUACGGGAUGCGCUUCAGACUGCAAUCCAGAAGGCUGCUGAUUCCGCGGCCAAGGGUAAGAAAAUCAAGAGGAAACCAGGCGACGAACUACGAAGGGGGCUUGCCACAACCAUCACAGAAUUACCCCCAAUAUUAGUUGAUCAUGCAUUAAGGGUCACCGGCUUCGACUCGAGCGUCUCCCCGUCUACAGUAUUAGAAAACGAAGAACUUCUCGACCACCUGCUACAGUCGCUCGCGGAAGGUCGCAAGGUCGUUCAGGAGGUCACUAGCUCUGAUACUUGCAAAGGGUAUAUCUUGGCUAAGAUGAAACCGGGCGUCGAAAGUGUAGAACCCGGUGGCACGGAUGGAGAACAACAGCAGAAGGGCAACUUGCUUUACGAGGAUUUUCACCCAUUUUUACCUCGCCAGUUCGAAGAAGACCCAAAUUGCAUCGUGCUUACUUUCGACAUUUUCAAUAAGAUGGUAGAUGAGUUCUUCUCUUCUAUAGAAGGACAGAAAUUAGAGUCGCGCUUAACCGAGAGAGAGGUCGCUGCUAAACGAAAGCUGGAGGCUACUAAAGCAGAGCACGCAAAGAGAAUCGAGGGCCUUCAAGAGGUUCAACAACUUAAUGUCCGCAAGGCUAAUGCGAUCGAAGCGAAUGUUGAGAGAGUCCAGGAAGCCUUAGACGCCGUUAACGGUCUAAUACAACAGGGGAUGGACUGGGAUGAUAUUGGAAAGCUUAUCGAUCGAGAACGCCUACGAGGCAACCCGGUGGCUGCUAUUAUCACGUCCCCUCUUAAGCUAAACGAAAAUACUAUCACCGUACUCCUUGGGGAACCUGAAGAGGAGGGAUACUUUGGAGACGACGCGUCAGACACCGACUCUGUGAGCUCGGACGACAGCGGUUACGCGGGUACAGAGGCGUCUAUGAGGAAAAUUAGCGAAAAUCGGCUAGCGGUUGACAUCAACCUCGACCUCUCCCCUUAUGCCAACGCAAGAGAAUACUACGGCGAGAAAAAAACAGCAGCUGUGAAAGCACAGAAAACAAUGUUACAGUCGGAGUUCGCCUUGAAAAGUGCAGAGCAAAAGAUCACUACAGAGCUAAAGAAGGGCCUAAAGCAGGAGAAGCCAGUAUUACAACCUAUCCGAAAGCAACUAUGGUUCGAGAAGUUUACCUGGUUUAUCUCGUCUGAUGGUUAUCUCGUCCUCGGCGGCAAGGAUGCCCAGCAAAACGAGAUACUCUAUAGACGGUAUUUAAAGAAAGGUGAUGUCUAUGUGCACGCAGACCUUCACGGUGCACCGAGCGUUAUAAUUAAAAAUAGUCCAAGCACACCUGAUGCCCCUAUACCCCCGUCCACCCUGUCACAAGCUGGUUCUUUAGCGGUUUGCGCCUCGUCCGCCUGGGACUCCAAAGCUGGCAUGGGUGCUUGGUGGGUAAACGCGGAUCAAGUAUCAAAGUCAGCACCAACCGGAGAGUUCUUGGGAACUGGUAGUUUCAUGGUCAGAGGAAAGAAAAACUUCUUGCCCCCUGCGCAAUUGAUAUUGGGUCUUGCGUUGAUGUUCAAGAUCAGCGAAGAAAGUAAGGCCAGGCACGUUAAACACCGCCUUUAUGACCUUCCAGAGGUGGGAUCAAGCAACCAAGCUUCUACGGCCAUUGCCGGCAAAGCCACAGCCGAUACCACGAAAGAUGACGAUGCGGAGAGCGACUCGGGAAACAGCGCUAUAGACGUCGAUGAAGAUUCUGAACUGAAAGAAAAUCCACUUCAACCUUCGAAACAUAAUGACGACGAACAUGAAUCUCCGGGUGUUGCGGAAGGAAACCUCCUUAGCCGGGGAGUUAGCAAGUUGACAAUCUCCGAGGAAGCCCCUAAUGCUGGUGCUGCCGAAACGACACAGCCAGAAGAGGGUGAAGCCGAUGAACAGGAGGAAGAUGCAGAAUCAGCGACAGAUGCUGGUUCGGCACCUUCAGCCAAGAUAAAUACACCAGAACCUGUCUCGUCAGGAAAAUCUACACCGCAACCGCAAAAGAAAGGUCAGCAACCUAAACGAGGCCAGCGAGGCAAAGCCAAGAAAAUCGCCGCCAAAUACAAGGACCAAGAUGAAGAAGACCGUGCCGCUAUCGAGGCUCUUAUAGGUGCUACAGCAGGAAAGCAAAAAGCCGAAGCUGAGGCAAAAGCAAAGGCCGAACGCGAAGCACAACGAGUAGCUACGCUUGAACGCCGCCGAGCACAGCACCAACGGCAGCAGCGUGAAACGGCCGAGCAUGAGGAAGUUCGCAAGAUGAUGCUCGAAGAAGGUAUUGAGACGCUCGAUGCCGAGGAAACAGCUAACCUAACCCCCCUCGACGCGCUUGUCGGAACACCCCUUCCUGGUGACGAGAUCCUCGAGGUUAUCGCCGUAUGUGCACCCUACAGCGCGCUCGGUCGCUGCAAGUACAAGGUCAAGAUACAGCCAGGCACACAGAAGAAAGGCAAGGCUGUCAAGGAAAUCCUGGAGGCGUGGAAGGCGGCCUCGACGAAGAAAGGGGUUGUGGACGAGAAAAGCGAAGAUAAGGAGAAGAUGUGGCCCCGCGAGGUCGAGCUCUUCAAGGCCAUUAAGCCCGAGGAGAUCUUCAACGUUGUGCCUGUUGGGAAGCUUAGGGUUAUGAUGAGCGGGGCGGGCGGAGGUGGAGGAGAUGCGAAGGGUAAGGGUGGAAGCAAGGGUGGCAAUGCGAACCGUGGCAAGAAAAGGUAAAGACGAAAGGGUAAAGGAGACAUAGGUAACAUAGACCAAUAUAUUUAUCUAUGCCAGGCCUCGACGGCAGUAA